CGGAUUUAUUAUUACGAGUAGAAUUUUUCUUAAUUAUUUUGAAAUUCUUCGUUGCGAAAACUCUGCUUCUUGAUCUUGGGAAGAAAAGUCUCGAUUGCGGAUUCGAUGAUACUCCGUAAUUGAUAUUCCGCAUAUAUACUUGCUGCGCCUGCUCUAGAAAACAAGACUCGUUCUUUCUUCAAUGCGACCUCAUGAUAUCUCCCAUAAACCCGCCGUAGACAAUCCCCUCUCUGAUCUCGCCAUGUCCUGUUCGUCUCCGAUCCACCAGAACUCCGAUGGCAAGGUAGAGAGCAAUAACAGAGCUGACAAGAAAAACAGUAAUAGCCACAGAAGCAGCCCGAACAAUGAUGUUAGUAGUAGUAGCAAUGUCGUCGUCAGGAGAGAGAGGCCAUCGAGGGAAUGCACGAAACGUGCUGCAGCGAGGCUGCAGGCUGCUGCUGCAGCCGAAGCUGAGGCAGGGGCUGCUGUCAAAGAGCGCAGGAAGAAGACUGUGGUCAGGAGGGAGAAGUUGUCCGGUAAUAAGGAGGAGGAUGAGGAUGAGGAGGAGAAGUUGAGCGAGAGUGAAGAGGAUGGAGAAAUGGAGGAGGGGGAGGAAAGGGAUGAUGGGUUAAUCAAGUCGUCUAAUAAGCAGCAGUAUAGCAAGAUAGUUACUCCUUUAGUGGGAGAACCAGAGGCAUCACAGUUGCCGCGAUGGAAGCUCAGGUCCAUGUGGCAGUUAGCUUCAAUACUGAAUUUCUUGCAUGUGUUCAGGCCUUUGUUGAACAUUAAAGUAGAGUUCUCAGUGGAGGAAUUUGAAACAGCAUUGAUUAUGCCAAAUAGUACACUAGCUUCCAUACAUAUUCCACUAUUGAAGGCAAUCCCUCCCGUUACCCGAAUGGCACUUGGGCACAAUACUUGGGUAACUGUUUUGUGCAGAAAGCUAAGGGAUUGGUGGCAUUGGGUUGCCGAUGGAGAACUACCUAUUUUUGCAUCACACGGGGCUGAAGUUGACGCAUAUAGUGCACUUGAUCCUGCUGUUCGUGUGGUUAUUUUGAAAGCAAUAUGUGAUAUUCGUGUUGAGCAAGAGGAUAUUCGUAACUAUAUUGAUGACUCGUUAAAACAAGGUGCUCCACUUUCAGUGUUUCGAAAAGAAAGAAUUGGAGGUGAUUCACACGGAAUCUCUUAUUGGUAUGAAGAUGAUCCCAUCAUUGGUCACCGACUCUACCGUGAAAUACGAAAAGUAGAGGUGAAGACAGGAAAGGGAAAAAGUGUACAGCCUAUUCCUCAUUCAUGUUAUCAGUGGGAAACUGCUGCCACUAAUUUAGACGAAUUCACUGACGUGUCUGAGAAGCUAUUUGCAAGUACUAAUAGGACAGAGGUAUCUGUUGGGAAAAAGUUGAAAAAUAAUAUGCUGCCUGAGAUUGAGAAGGUCCAUAAGAGAAAAGAGAAAUUGUUGAAGAAACAGCACAGAGAAGCUUUGUUGCUUGAUAAUAUGAUGAAUAUUGAUGGGCUCACUGCUGGGCGCUCCCUUCGUGAUAGAAAACCCGUGACAUAUAGAUUUGACGAGUAUGAUCGAUCAAUUAAUGAGGCUAUUGAAAUAACCACGAAGAAGCAUCCAUCCCCAGAACACACUGCCAGAAGAGAUGCCACUGUAAAACAUGAAGCCACUGCAAAUGGUAUAUCAAGACGUCCUCAAUUUCCAAACGUGUCCUUCAAACUGCGGUCUCCCAAGUCACCUGAAUAUGAGGAUGACAGUGAGGAAGCUGAACCAUUGGAUCGCGGCAUCCGAAGAAGGCAGAGACCCCAACGGUAUUCUGAAAAAGAGUUUGUUGAAGCUCCAUUUGAUAACAGUGAUGACGAUAUUGUUGGUGAAGUUGUGUAUGAUGAUGACUAUGUUAGGACACAGAAACAGCAGAUGAUAGAGUCAAGUAGCUCUGAGGGAGAUGAAGAGUACACUUGGGAUGAAGAAAACCUUGAAGAAGAAGAGGAAGAAGAUGAUGUGGAUGAUGAUGGAGAUGAUUCCUCUGGCAGUGGUAGCGAGGAUAGUGAGCAGCCCCAAAGAUUUAAAAAGCGUCAAGUGGGCCGCACACAAAGGGUAAGUAAAUUGAAGCAUGCAGGUGAUCUUCAAUCUGGGUUGAGACGUAGCAAAAGGGCAACAAGAAACUCAGUCAACUAUAGGCAAUAUGAGCUAUCAGAGUCUGAUAGUGAGAUAAAGAAACCUGAGAUAUCGAAUAAUUCUGAUGAGCACUAUCUUAAUACUGAAAUUUCGACAGAAAUCACCGAAUCUGAAGAAGACAAUGAGGUUCCAGAUGGAGAAGCCGGUGAACUUGUACACGCAGAAACUGGGAACACUCUGGAGCAAGCAAAUGCUACAGAAAUAUCAAACCCCACAUAUCAAGAGGAGGAAGCUGAAGAUGAUGGGAGAAAGAGGAGUUUUCUUGAUCUCAAUGAGCUUGCUCCGGGUUCUGGUUUUGAUGAUGGCCUUGGUUCAGAAAUGAAAAAUAACAGUGCAGAUGGCUUCUAAAGUUUCCCAUCCUUCAGGUCAACGUUUGCUUGUGCUCUUCUGCACUAGAGGGUUAUAUGAUACCUAUACAAAUCUCAGGAGUCCACAAGUGAAUCUUUAUUGCCAAAGUUUAAGCACCCAUUGGCAUACUGUUUAUAUUGUGUUUCAUUCUCUAGCAUUGCAGAAAAUUUAGAUAACUAGCCAGUAGGGUAAAUUAUAUUUAUGGUACCUUAACUGAAUGUAUUGUACCAUUUUGGUACCUUGACCCUUUAAUGUAACAAUAUCGCACCCCAACUCUUUAGAAAUGACAUUGUAAUGGCCCAGGGCCUUGUACUUUUUCGGCUAACAUGUAUCCUCUGUAGUACUCUAACUUACUCGCAAGUCGCAAGGAUAACACAUGGAUUGACACGGUCAGGC